AACGGAAGACGAAGAAGCCGGAAAGGGAAGAGGAGGAGCUUCAUUCUGAAGCAGCGACGCCCUCAGCUGAUCCUCCUCACUGAACUUGUUUUCAUCGUUUUGAUCAGAGUUCAAUUUACUGAUCCAGACCAGAACCGUCCUCCGAAUCUACUGUGAGCUUCCAACCAGGAGGAGGGGGAGGAGCUCCAUGGAAACGUCUCCACCUCCGGACGUGAGCUGGAUGUGAGCUGGAAAUCCAGAGCCAGAGGGGAACAUGGGCAACAGCGCGCUGAAGUCUCACCUGGAGACCUCCCAGAAAACGGGAGUGUUUCAGCUGACGGCCAAAGGCCUGCAGGAGUUUCCAGAGGAGCUCCAGAGGCUCACCGCCAACCUGAGGACGGUGGAUCUGUCCGGGAAUAAGAUCGAGGUUCUCCCGGCCUCAGUCGGAAACUUCCUGCAGCUGAAAAGCCUGACGCUGAACUCCAACAAGCUGACUGGCCUUCCUGCAGAGAUCGGCAAGCUGAAGAAGCUUGAGACCCUGAGCUUGAAUGGGAAUCAGAUCCAGCAGCUUCCCCCCAGCGUGGGCCAGCUCAAGGCCCUGAGGACCCUGAACUUGUCCGGGAACCAGUUCACCGAGAUCCCAGCAGGCCUGGGGACUCUGAGGCAGCUGGACCUGCUGGAUUUGUCCAGAAACAGGAUACAGAGCGUCCCAGCGGCGGUCUCAGAGCUGCAGGCCAUCGAGAUCAACCUCAACCAAAACCAGAUCUCAGUGCUGUCAGCAGAAGUGUCCCGCUGUCCCCGUCUCAAAGUUCUGCGUCUGGAGGAGAACUGUCUGGACCUGUCCUCCAUUCCUGAGUCCAUCCUGACCGAGUCCCAGGUGUCCCUGUUCUCCGUGGAGGGAAACCUGUUCGAGGUGAAGAAGCUCCGAGAGCUGGAGGGAUAUGAAAAGUACAUGGAGCGUUUCACUGCCACCAAGAAGAAGUUCGCCUGAAUCCCCGCUACCAUGACGACUCUAGGCUUGGCGUCGGUCCGUAACCCGCCACACCCACCCACCCCCAUCCUGCACCAGCCGGAGCUUCUUAUUGGUCUGCAGCGAGGUGCUUCCUCCACACAGACACCGGACCUGCUGAGACACGGAGACGGACGAUGACGGCGAGGCCGGCUCAUUACGACCCCCUAGAGAUCCAGAGCGGCUUUUUAACCAGGAUUUGCUUCCAGGCUUUAGUGUCACUGAGCGACGAGCGACAUGCAGCUCCAGAACGGGGACAUUUAAGUGAUGUCACUCACUUUCACAAGUCCUGAUCUUGAUGCAGAAGAGGAGAAAAAAAAAAACCAGCAGGUUUUUUUUUUAAAUCAGUUUUUCUCUGCAUGUUGUGACUCCGGCCCCCGUGGCAGAGCUCAGGACGCUUCGGACAUGUUAGACGCUUUACGGCUGUUUUUGUCUUGCAUGAGAUCUGGUGGCUUUAUAGUGCAGUUGCUCAGUGUGGCGUCACGUCGUACUCACCCGGUAGCAAGAACAUUAAACCCCUGCCCCCCCUCUCAUGCCUCGCAGUUUUAUUUAAUCACCUCCAUCUUUGGCGCGUCCCACCAUUCUUCGUUUGUGUUGCUUCUGAUUAUCUGGCAGACAUAAAGAUGUAAUGUAAUGUGCAAACAGUCGAGCUCUGAACCAGACUUCUUCUGUGAACGUCACAGUGUCAGCUUGGUUCCCCUCACCAUCCAGAAAUUAGUAAUUCCAUUUAUUUCUUCGUACUUUCUCAUCAGCUAUGUAUUUAUACUUGAUAAUCCAGUCAUACGAAGACACUUCAUCAUGUAUUACAAGGAUUUAAAUCUGACUUUGGUUUGGGAGAAUCCCACAUCACAGGUUCCCUGAUGCUGUUGCUUAUUAAACAAUGAUGAUGAAAUAAUCUGUGUCUACUGGACACAGACUGGACUUCCUGUUUCUGUCUCUCAACAAAACAAAACAAUGUUUUCCUUCUUGCUGUUCACGUUCAAAGCUUGGGAUGUGGUUCUAGAUCCUAACUCUGCUUUUUAACUUCUCCUCCCUGAGCUGCUGCUGGGUCUCUAACAAACCCAGCAGCUGCAUCCAGACUCAGAUUUUAUUGCACAAAUUUGGACUCUUGUGUACAAUUAGGAAACUUCUGAAGGAAACUGGUUGCGCUGGAAUUUAUUUGGGGACUGAAGAGUUCUGCAUGUCUUUUUAGAGAUGCGGUUGUGAAGGACUUUGUGAACCGGGCCACCGUUUUCCUCCGACUCCACUGGUCUGCAUCGCUCUCUGUUGGUUCGUUCACAAUAAAACGCAUUAAUGGAACGGAACGAAAAGUGGGAAAGUUGUACGUGGAACGGCCUGUGGAUGCUUUUUCAAAGUGUGUACUUACUUUUUACCAUGACUGUAAGUAACUAAGACACUAAGCAGGUGUUUUCACUUCCCGUUAUUACUUUAAAAUAAUCAGCUGAAGUGAUAUUCUGUUAAAGCCAGUAUGUGUCGGUGUUUGCUCUGUGAUUGUGUUUAAACAGAUGCAUUCUGUACUCUGCUGCUGAAACAAACAGGUGGAGUGAAGGAGUGGCUCUUCAGCAUGUCCAUGGAAAUUUGUCUAUAAUCUUUUUUUUUUCUUGUAUUUAAUUAAAGCAGAUGCUUAACAAGUCA